UCCCUUAGGGGAGGAAUGAGAUUACACAGGGCGCCUGGCAUUCCCGAUUACAGGGAACCGGAACGGGCCUGCUGCAGUAGCCAUAACACGAGCGAGGGCAACGAGCAGCUAGUCCCCUCGCAGGGCUCCUCAAGGCUGGCCACACACCAGCGCAGGGGGCAGAGGGGAAAGUCUCGGUGGCAUGAAGGGGAGGGAGGAGAGACCCAGCCAGCAAACAGCCCCUUUCCCAAUGCCCAGGCACCCACUCCUCCAGGGGCAGCCCCUGCCCUACCUUUGCCCUUCUUGGCUCGCUCCUCCUGCUUCUUUCCCUUAGAGGGCGCCUCCCCCUCCGCUGGGGGCGCCCCAUGGUGGGCGUUGGAGCCGCUGCUCUUCUUCUUCUUCCUCUUGCCCCGAAGCCAGCUGAAAGCCCAGCGCAGGCUGGAGGAGCCAGACUUGGGCUUCUUCUUCCUCGGGGGCCCCUGCGCGGAAGGCACGUCCCCUUUUUCCUGUCCGCCGGCGGGGAGCCAGGUGUCCUCAGCCGCCGCAGGUGCCUCCUGCGAGCGCCUCCCGGACAUCUCCGGGCAGGGGAGGGUGGGUCGCCGAAAGCCCCGCUUCACGGGGAGAGCUCGCCUCGGCUACGCUCCGCCCGGGGGAGCCACCGCAGGACGCGAGCUCCCCAUCCGGGGUGGGGUGAAGCGCCUCCCCUCCCAGUCUCCCGUGCCCCACGCCGGAGCCUCCUCUCCCGUGCGCCCCAGCCCGCCAGGCUCCCGCCUCUCCCCUGCGCCCAGGGCUCCGGGCCCCCCUCACCUGCCCCGGGACACCCCCCGCGUUCCCCCUUCCCCGUGCGCCCCAGCCCAGGCUCCCCGUCCCCCCGGGGCUGUUCUGCUCCGGGUCCGCUCUGCGCCCGGCUGCACAAGGCGCCAAGGAAGCAGCCGGGGAAAGUUUCUCCCGGACGGGCGGGCGGGCGUGUGUGGAGCGGGCGGGGCCUGCCGAGCGCGCUGGGGUGUGGAGAGGCUCUGCCCCCGGCCCCUCACUCCGCCUCCCCGGCUGCCCGGCCCCGGCCCGGGGCUCCGCGAACGCUCCGCAGAGUGCGCUCCCUAGCCCGCGCAGGGCGCACCGGAGCGGGGCCCGGGCUGAGCUACCCAUCCCGGCCCGCUGCCAGGGAGCGCGGCGGCAGGUAGCCUGGUACCACAGUGGUGCUUUGAACUGAAGUCCUGAAACUUGAUGUAUCCUGGAAGCAAAGCACAGUCUUAUUGUUUCAUGAAUGAUGACAAAGCUAAUCAAGGGGACACUUCCUGAGCAUAAUUGGGGAACUGAUAGCCUGGAUGUGACCAGGGUCAUUAACCCUCUGUUGGUCAUUCAUUCCUAGUAAAUGCCUUGUGUCAAGCUCCGGCUUGUUGUUUAUAAGUCUCAAUUGGAAAAUAAAAAGAUAUUGGGUCUUUAA